CUGCGACUAACCACACACGUGAUGCGGAACGUUGUUUUGGUUCGUUCGGCGUUUGGCUUUGGCUGCCCCACAAUUUAAGGACACUGCGUCUCCUGUUAUUGGGGGUUGCUGUAGAGAGCAAGUUUGGGAGAGUCUUUCGCGACAUCCUCCGUAGGGAGACGAGUCCAAAUGAGUUAUCCUGGCUCUGUAGAACGCCAGGGACUCCGGGCCCCGAAUUGCCCCACUACCUGCGCUGGGGCCUCGCCAGGGACCCUGAUGGUGGAGUCGGUGGACGAUGCCGAAGGACUGUACGUAGCUGUAGAGCGCUGCCCUUUGUGUAACACCGCCCGCCGCAGGCUCACGUGUGCCCGUUGUAUUCAGGCAGGCGACUUCGUCUACUUUGACGGGAGGGACCCAGAGAGGUAUGAAGAUAAAACCGAGCGGCUUAAACUUCAGAAGAAGAACAUGGAAGACUUGCAGCAGAGAGUUAUCAAAGCUAUGGAUGGGAAAUUGAGAACUGACCAUUUGAAGUGGAAAAUAAUGUCUUGUAAAAUGAGAAUACAACAACUAAAGGAAGCAAUCUGCAGUGGAAGUGAAGAAGUAAAACACGAUAAAGAUCUUGUAUUAAAAUGUCAGGAUGAGACUGGACGCCUAUACCGGCGGGCCCAAAGGCAUCAGGAGAAGAAGGAAAAAAUUGAGCGACACAAUCGUCGUUUAGGUGACCUGUUAGAAAAGAAGGGCAAGGAACUGCAGGCAAGGCUUGAACAGCUGGCUGCACUUCGCCGAGAGCACAUUUCAGAACUGACGUCCUGCAUUUUUCCAAUGCAAGAAGAGAAGCAGGGAAACAGAGACCCUACUGACCUGGUGGCAGAGUGUGACUUGGCUUUGACCUCCAGCACAGUCAGUGAGCUUGCCGAGGCUCGUCGCACUACCUACCUGUCGGGUCGCUGGAUCUGGGAUGAUCAAAAUGGAGAGACCAGCGUUAGCAUCACUGGGCCAUGGAUAUGCCUGCCUAGCAAUGGGGACUACUCGGCAUAUUACAACUGGGUGGAGGAGAAGAGGACCAGUGAAGGACCAGAUAUGGAUCACAUUAACCCUGCUCACACCAUCAGUGCUGCUCUCUGCUAUGCAACUCAGCUGGUCAACAUCUUAUCACACAUACUGGACGUCAACCUUCCGAAGAAACUCUGCAACAGUGAAUUCUGCUGUGAAAAUCUAAGUCGAUGCAAGUUUACUCGUGCAGUCAACAAACUGAACACCAACAUCCUUCACCUGUGCUUCUCCCAGCAUGUAGCACCAGAGCUUUUACAUCCUCAGCACACGUUGCGAAACAUCAUGUUUCUAAUCAGCUCGGACAACAAGGAGCUGGGACGGACUGGCCCUUAUGAAAUUAGUGCAGACUUGGAAGAUUCAAUGGAGUUUGUAGAAACCAGUGGAGCUGGUCAGACUGAUGAAAGUGGGGAGGAUCCAGUGACAGAUGAGGAAACUGACCUGGGAACAGACUGGGAGACAGUGCCAAGUCCUCGAUUCUGUGAUAUCCCCUCACAAGCAAUGGAUAUGUCACAGAGUGCUGCCAUGCAGACAUCACAACCAGUUGCUAGUACUGUCACAGGUGGCAUGAUCUCUUCAGCCGCUGCUUCUGUCACAUCAUGGUUCAGAGCUUACACUGGGCAGCGCUGAAAAAAAUCAUCAUGGUCUGAAUCCUCGGUGAACUGGACUGUCUUAUUACCAGUGUUCUGGCACCAAUCCCAGUAUUGUUUGAUUAAACAACUGACACCACUCACUGCACUAGCACAUGUGCCAUUACUUGGCUGUAUAUUUAGAACAGCCUAAAAAAAAGGCAAAAGAAAACUAUCACUGAACUCUAAUGGAUCCUUUUAUAGUAGACUUUUAUAACCAGAACAGCCAAAGUGUGUGUUUUUUAAAUACUUCUGUAUAUACUGUGUGCACAAUUAGGCAAGUGAGUAUUUUGACCAUAUCCUCAUUUUUACAUGUAUGUUCAAACUGCAACCUGUAUAAACUUGAAUGCUUAUUGGAUUUAAGCAUGUCAGGUGAUGUGUAAUGAGGGAGGGUGUGGCCUAAGGAGAUCAACACCUUAUCUCAAGGAGUGCAUAAUUAUUAGGCAGCUAGUAUUCAUCAGGCAAAAUGGUCCAAAAAACUGAUUUAACCGACUCUGAAAAGUCAAAAAUUGUAAAAAGUCUUUCAGAGGGAAUGCAGCACUCUUGAAACUGCUAAGAUAUUGGGUUGUGAUCACAGAACCAUCAAACAUUUUGUUGCAAAUAGUCAACAGGGUUGCAAGAAAUGUGUCGAGAAAAAAAGAUGCAAAUUAGCUGCCAAAUAUUUUAGAAGAAUCAAAAGUGAAGCUACCAGGAACCCAUUAUCCUCCAGUGCCGUCAUCUUCCAGAACUGCAACCAACCAGGAGUGCUGAGAACUACAAGGUGUUCAGAGACAUGGCCAAGGUAAGGAAGGCUGAAACCUGACCACCACUGAAUAAGAAACAGAAGUUGAAAUGUCAAGACUGGGCCAAGCGAUAUCUGUAGACAGAUUUUUUUUCAAAGGCUUUAUGGACUGAUGAGAGUGACUGUUGAUGGACAGGCCUGUGGAUCAGUAAUGGGCACAUAGCUCCACUUUUGAUGAACUCAAAAUCAACUCCUCAUCCUACUGCCAGUUUUUAAAAGACACUUUCUUCAAACAGUGAUACAGGAAAAAGUAUAUAUCUUUCAAGAAGACCAUGAUUUUUAUGCAGGCCAAUGCUCCAUCACUUGCAUCGAAGUACUCCACUGCAUGGCUAGCCCGUAAAGGCCUUAAAGAUGAAAGAAUAAUGACGUGCUGCCGCCGGCAUCCCAUACCAUCCAUCAUCUGGCCUAAACCCUAUUGAGAAUUUGUGGGCCCUUCUUAAACAUGAGGUUUAUGGGGAAGAAAAACAUCUCUCUCUGAACAGUGUCUGGGAGGCUGUAGUCACUGCUCCACAAAAAGUUGAUCGUCAACAGAUCAAGAAACUGACAGACUCCAUGAAUGGAAGGCUUAUGACUAUAAUUGAAAAGAAGGGUGGCUGUAUUGGUCACUGAAUUUUUUUUUUCUUAAAUGUCAGAAAUGUUUGUAAAUUUUGAGUUCUUAAUCUCAUGGUAACAGAUUAAAACAAGUGAGACGGAAAAAUUUUCAUUUUUCCUUUAGUUGCAGAAUAAUUCUGCACACAUGUAUUCCCCUGAUGAUGUUCACACUCGCAUUUCCUUUGUAAAACAUUCAAGUUUAUUAACAUUUUGGA